AUGGGUGUUUUCCCAACGGCUUCUUUACAACUUCUUAUUAAUAUCCAUGAAUCUGUUCGUAAAGUCGAAAAUUUAUUGUUAAUUAGCAGCGAGAGUGCAUCAUCUCUUUUAUCGAAAGACGAUAGUGGAAAUAGUGCAAAACAAAUUGAGCGUGUAGCAAUCGAAUAUAAUCAGAUGCAAUAUCUGGUCAGCAAAGGGAAAGACCUACCUUUUGUGGCGAAUAUUGACUGGAGGAUCACUAGAAUAAAAGAGACUCUGCGUACAAAUUUAUCAUCUGCCCUUCGGUCGGCUUUGAAUAGAGUUAAAAAUCAAUCAAAUGAUGUUGCUUCAAAGGAAACUUUGACCCAAAUUUUAAGGACAUAUGCUUUGAUUGACCAAACUAAAUCCGCUGAGUCAGUGAUAAGGACAGAAUUGGUAGCUCCAAGCAUCAAUGAAGUAGUUAGCCAAUCAAAUCUUGAAAAUCAACCACAUUCAAUUCCUUAUACAUCUGCUAUAUCUUCAACACGUCCUGUCACAAAAGCUUCCAAGGCUUGCUAUAGUUUACAAUAUUCCAAAGAACCCUUAGCACUCAUGUACAACCGGAUUCUUACGUUUAUCAACACUGAUUGGUUUAUUCUUUUGGAGAUUACCAGGAAAAUACUUAAAGGGACUAGUUUUGAAAUUUUAAUAAAUUCUAUGUGGGCUGAAGUAGUAGAAUCAAUCACCAAAAAAUUGCCGGUCAUUUUUACCCCAGGAAUUCCUAACGUUUUUCAUAAGGAAGUUUCAUCUCAAGUUGAGAAUACAUUAAUUACUGGGAUUGAGAUGCCGACCGAUAGCAUUAAUGAUUUGCAAUCAACAUUAAAACUCCCUGCAAGUAAAUCAAUACUAUUUGCAAUAGAACGUUGUUGGGCUGAUGACGUGUUUGUGUAUGGACUUUCUCACCGAUUUUGGAAAUUGACCCUACAGUUAAUUCAAAGAUACAAAAAUUGGUUACUUGCAGGUUUAACUGAUUUAUUAUCUGAAACUAACUCACAAGGAAAUGAUAAGGUGACUGAAAUUAAUGUACUUGAUUUGGAUUCUCCCGUUUUGCGGCCGUUAAAUAAUCCGGGAGGCAACAAUUUAGCCUCUAUAGAAAUACAAGAUGAACGGUUGUUAAAGUUAUUAACAAUUGUAGCUCAUGAUGUUGAAAAUAUAACAAUAAAGAUAAGAGAAAUUUAUCAAGAACAUAUUAUCACGAGACUUCCAGAAUCCAUGAAUGAACAACCAGUCAUCGAAGAGAGCGUAUCCAGUUCGUUGUCUUCUAUGCAUUCGGAUCUUCCAGAUUUGAGUCAAAAGAUUGCAACCAUUCUCACAAAAAGAUGUACUGAAACAUUAAGCAAGCACAUUCGUAGUGUUAUAACUCAAUUCCGUGGAUCUAACACUAAACCCCCUACAGAAGCAUCGUACUUUGUCCCGCAUAUUAUUAAACCGCUGGUCACAUUCUGUAAGGUUAACAGUCAGCUUCUCAGCGAUAAAAGACGGAAUGAAUGCAAUUCGAUCGUGGCUGAUGCUGUUGCAAACCGAUAUUAUACCAUUGUAUUUGAACAUCUCACUACGUUAAAGAAAACAGAAGAAAGCUCUAAAAUUAUGAAACGUUUAAAAAAAGGAAAAAGUACUAGAAGUUCGUUUUUUUCUGGAAAUAGUAAUGGAGACGUUGGCGAAGAAUCUGGUACAUUAAUGAGCGAUGAGGACAAAAUUAGAUUACAAAUAUUAUUAGAUGUAAAACAAUUUGGCAAAGAGUUAACAAAUAUAGGAUUAAAUCCUUUAGAAAUCAAAGGGUACACUGAAUUGUACAAAGUUGUUGAGCCUUAUGUAUUAUUAACCAUAAUUACAUAA